GAUGGAGAUCUGAUCUGCGUUUCCAUGGACGCCAAUAUUCUACACAUCCGGGACACGCUGCUGAAGCCGGAAACAGAAUCACACAUUGAUUGACAGCUGCAGACCACAUCUCAACAAAACCAGAAACGAUCCAUUCAGUCAUGAUUCAGAUGAGGGUCGUUUAAUUUCGAGUUGACGAGUGAUCUGACGGGAUCUGACGGGCUUUGGCGGGACUGUGCGAUGUCUCUGGCUCAGCGGGUUCUUCUCACCUGGAUCUUCACGCUCGUCUUCCUCAUCUUGCUGGUGCUGAAGCUGGAUGGCAAGGUCAAGUGGAGCUGGUUCCUGAUCUUCCUGCCCGUCUGGAUCUUUGACAGCGUCCUGCUGCUGCUGCUGGGCGUGAAGGUGGCGGGCCGCUGCCGGGCCGGGUACGACCCGCGGCUGAAGGUCUGGUACCUGCUGGCUCUGAUGAUGAAGGUGGGUUUCUGUCUGACUCUGUGCGCGCGGCUGGAGCAGAUCAUCAGCCUGCGGCCGCUCUUCAUCUGUGUGCCGCUCUGGACGCUGCUGACCGGAGCCAUGAUCCAGCUGGGAUACAACAUCCUGCCGCAGCGGACCGACUGAUGCGGACACAUUCAACACACACAAACACACACAAUAAACACACACUCUCACACACAUGGACACAUUAAACACACACACACACAAUAAACACACACUCACACACAUGGACACAUUAAACACACACACACACACAAUAAACACACUCUCACACACAUGGACACAUUAAACAUACACACACACAAUAAACACACACUCACACACAUGGACACAUUAAACACACACACACACACAAUAAACACACUCUCACACACAUGGACACAUUAAACAUACACAAUAAACACACAGUCACACACACAUGGACACAUUAAACACACACACACACAAUAAACACACACUCACACACAUGGACACAUUAAACACACACACACACACAAUAAACACACUCUCACACACAUGGACACAUUAAACACACACACACACAAUAAACACACACUCACACACAUGGACACAUUAAACACACACACACACACACAAUAAACACACUCUCACACACAUGGACACAUUAAACAUACACACACACAAUAAACACACACUCACACACAUGGACACAUUAAACACACACACACACACAAUAAACACACUCUCACACACAUGGACACAUUAAACAUACACAAAAUAAACACACACUCACACACAUGGACACAUUAAACACACACACACACACAAUAAACACACUCUCACACACAUGGACACAUUAAACAUACACAAUAAACACACAGUCACACACAUAUGAACACAUUAAACACACACACACACACAAUAAACACACACACAUGGACACAUUAAACACACACACACACACACACACACAAUAAACACACUCUCACACACAUGGACACAUUAAACAUACACACACACAAUAAACACACACUCACACACAUGGACACAUUAAACACACACACACACACAAUAAACACACUCUCACACACAUGGACACAUUAAACAUACACAAUAAACACACACUCACACACAUGGACACAUUAAACACACACACACACAAUAAACACACACACACAUGGACACAUUAAACACACUCACACACAUAUGAACACAUUAAACACAAAUUGGACUCUUAAAGUUUGAUAUUUGUACAUUUUAUUUCAGGUCGAUAAUUUGUGGGUUUAUUUCUUUGUUUUCAUCUUGUAAAUACAUUUCCAUCUGCUGAUGUUUUAUUUGUUUUUUCUCGUGUGAAAUCUGAAGUUCAUGAACUGACGAAAGCAAACAGAGCGAACACAACUGAAUAAACCCACAGAACCUGACGUGAACGCGGAAACGCCA